GUACUGUACGUACUGUAUGUGUUUUUCUCGAUAAAAAUGAAGUAAUACGUGGCUAAAUAAAUGCUAUUAUAUUUAUUAAAAGAACACUUCAGUGCCGAAACGGAUAAAUGAAUACGAAAAAGUUAUUGUUAAUCUCUUAAUCCUGUGCUAAAGUGAAAUAAAUCACAAACAUGUCGGAUUCUUCCAUCAAAACGGCUGUCCAGACAAAAGACGAGCCAGAAAUGAAAGGAUGGCUCUUGAAAUGGACAAAUUACUUGAAAGGAUAUCAAAGACGUUGGUUUGUGCUGAGUAAUGGGGUGUUGUCGUAUUACAGAAAUCAAGCCGAAAUGGCGCACACAUGUCGUGGCACCAUAUCCCUGCACGGGGCCCUCAUUCACACUGCGGACUCCUGCACGUUUGUCAUUUCAAAUGGGGGCACCCAGACGUUUCACAUUAAAGCUGGGACUGAGGUAGAAAGACAAAGCUGGGUGACGGCUUUGGAAUUGGCUAAGGCGAAGGCUAUAAAUGUGAUUUAUGACCCUAGUCGUGCCAUUGAGAGCGAGGAAGAGGAGGAAGACAAUACCACCAACACCAAACCCGCCGAGGAAUUGUAUUUGGUCAUACGAGAACUUUCAUCAAGGUUAGAAGAUUUACAAACCUGUGCAGAAUUGGUGUCAAAACAUGGUGCGGCCUUGCAAAGGGCUCUUAACGAAUUGGAGCAGACUGAAGAAGUAACGUUAAAAUCGAAAGCCAUCACUGAAAAGACAACGUUAUUUAGGAUAGCAUCUACUGCUAUGAUCAAUGCGUGUAAAGAAUAUCAAGCAACAGCUCAAGCUCAGGGACACAAGUGGUCAAAAAUGUUACAACACGAAAGAGACCAAAAGUUGCACCUGGAGGAAAUGGUCGAACAACUUGCAAGACAACAUUCGAAUUUGGAGAAAGCCGCCACUAGACACAGACCAAACGGAAAUGCGAAUACGUCCAAUACGGACGAGGACGAUGAAGAUGAGCACGAAUUCUACGAUGCUCAAGAAGGCUACACGCCGACUGGUGCGAUCAUUAGCUCUAACACGAAUCUGUCUGGUGGAAACGCGCCUCCAAAUUCCGGUACUGGUGUCGUGACUUCCAACAAGGAGGACUCUUCCUUCAUACUCAAGAUACCGCUGCAGCAGAGGAGGAAUUCGGAAGGGUCCAGUGGUUCCGACCAGGAGGAUAAGAGCGAAAGUAAACAGGUCUUAGUAGUAGCUAGUGAGACUUCCGAUCAGUUGGCUUCUGGAACUGAACAAAAAAUGAAUAACUCUGUGGUACCAGUGUCAAAUGCUUUAAUUGGUGGUGCUCGACAAAGGAGGACAAGAGUACCAGAUAAACCUAACUAUCCUUUAAAUCUAUGGUCUAUCAUGAAAAAUUGUAUUGGAAAAGAACUGUCCAAAAUACCUAUGCCUGUAAAUUUCUCUGAGCCUCUAUCCAUGCUUCAGCGUCUCACAGAAGAUUAUGAAUAUGCUGAUAUAUUAGAUCAGGCUGCCCGAUGUUCGGACAUGAGUGAACAGUUAGCUUAUGUAGCUGCAUUUACGGUUUCUUCAUAUGCUACGACUAGUGAUAGAACAGCAAAGCCAUUUAAUCCAUUACUUGGCGAGACUUAUGAAUGUGAUAGGACUAUGGAUUUGGGAUGGAGAGCUAUUUCUGAACAGGUGUCACACCACCCUCCAAUGGUAGCACAAUUUUGUGAAGGAAAAGGCUGGAAAUGCUGGCAAGAAUUUACAAUGACGUCAAAGUUUAGAGGCAAAUAUUUGCAAGUUAUUCCAUUAGGAACUGCACAUGUUGAAUUUGAUAAUGGAAAUAGAUAUUCAUGGAGGAAGGUAACAACAACGGUACACAAUAUAAUAGUAGGCAAGUUGUGGGUAGAUCAGCAUGGUGAUAUGGAAAUAGUUGGUCAGAAUAAUGCCAGUGGUGUUACAUGCCAUUUAAAAUAUAUUCCAUAUUCAUAUUUCACAAGAGACACACAACGAAAAGUUAAAGGUGUUGUUGUUGACAAUUCUGGACAAGUUAGCUGGGUUGUCAAUGGAACAUGGGACUGCAAAAUUGAAAUUGCAAAAGUGAUAUCAACUUCUGGUUCGGCUGAAAAUCCUGUAUAUAAAACUGGAACUUAUAAGGUUGCAUGGCAAAGGAGACCUCUUCCAGAGGAUGCAGAAAAGUAUUAUAACUUUACUGUUCUUGCCGCUCAACUAAAUGAACCAGAAGAAGGUGUUGCUCCAACUGACACAAGGUUACGUCCUGAUCAGAGGCUUAUGGAAGAGGGACUUUGGACUGAAGCUAAUAAAGAAAAAGUCAGACUUGAAGAAAAGCAAAGAGCGCGAAGGAGGGAGCGAGAAGCUGAAGCAGAAUUAGCUGCGAAAGAAGGUCGGCCUUAUCCACCUUAUGAACCUUUAUGGUUUACAAGGGAGCAAGAACCCGGUACAGAAAAUGUUGUUCACGUAUAUAGCGGUAAAUACUGGGAGGCCAAAGCCAAGCAGGACUGGUCAAACUGCCCAGACAUUUUUUGAACUUGCCUCAUAUAACAAAAUAAUGUUGGGUAUUUAAAACAAAAAUGGUGAUACAAUAUUACUAUAUUAUAUAAAACUUAUCUCUUUCUUUGUGAUAAACACAGAUGAUGGUAAGUUCUUGCUGGUUAUGUGUCUAUGAAAUUUAAUUUUAACAGAGAUUAUUAAUGCAGUUAAUGAUAUGUUGAGUGAUCGAAGUUUA